AUGGACUUCGGGCAGCUUUUUGAUUUGACAGGAAAAGUAGCGAUUGUAACCGGCGGCAACGGUGGGUUGGGUCUGGGCAUGGCUCGGGGCUUGGCGGCUGCCGGCGCCAAUAUCGCUGUGGCGGCUCGAAAUGCCGAAAAGACCGCUGAGGCUACUCGGGAAUUGGAAGACAUGGGAGUCCAGGCCGUCGGCAUGACCGUUGACGUUACCCAGGAGACUCAAAUUAAGCAGAUGGUGGCAGAAACCGUCAGGGCCUUAGGCAGGGUAGACAUCCUGAUCAAUAACGCCGGUACUGUAGUACGGAAAACGCCAGACCAGACUUCCACGGAAGAAUGGGACCUGGUACUGGACGUUAACCUGCGAGCCUCAUUCCUGGCCGCUCGCGAGGUUUUCCCGCACAUGAAGGAGCAGGGCGGCGGGAAGAUUAUAGGGAUCGGGUCCAUGUACUCGAUUUUUGGUGGCGGCGGCAGUGGCGCGCCCUACUCAGCCAGCAAGGGGGGCGCGGUACAACUGGCGAAGAGCCUGGCUGUGGCUUGGGCCAAGGACAAUAUUCAGUCCAACGCCAUUUUGCCCGGAUGGUUUAUGACGGAACUCACAUCGGAUAUUCCGGUAAACCAACCCGAACGAUUCCAGAUGAUAAGCAACCGCAUUCCCACGGGGCGUUGGGGAGAAGUGGACGAACUACAGGGGACUGUUGUCUUCCUAUCCAGCAGGGCGUCGGACUAUGUUACGGGCGCGGUGAUCACUGUGGACGGCGGCUUUUCGGUGAUGUAG